AUGGUGAUUUCCACGAAACGGGACAAGUGCGAUCUUGGUAACGAGUGGACGGUCAAACACGACAUCGCCCCUUUGGAAGUCCUCAGCAAAGACAAGAGCGGUCAUUACGCAUUUGUCACCACGCAAGGCUCAAUGUAUUCCAAACUCCUCAAGACAGGCUUUGCUAAAAACGUGGUCUUUGGAAUCUCAGCGCAGAACAGCAAGCGCUUCAUUCUGAAAGAGAGCGAUCUGAUAACCAACGAGACUAGUCUCGCGCUAACUCUACAAGGGUUCUCGCAUCUAGCAGAGGAGCUGCAAAAGCCUGAAUGGAAAGGCUUCGAAGGAACUCAAAAGGAGUUGUUGGAGAACAGCCGGUACAAGAUGUGGGAUCGAGACGGAGAAGAGGAUCCGUACUACAAUAAGAAGGAACUUAAUACCUCGCCAGUGAGCGUCAACUUCGACGCUCUACUUGACAGUUCAAGUAGCAUGAAAGCAUUGUUCAGGCUUAUUGGCGCAGACACCACCCAAGACAAGUUCGUCUUAGGAUCAUCGAACACACUCAUCAAUGCCACCGUCGCCGAAGGCCCAAGACAAAAAAAAAAACGGGUGCACUGCUGUCCAGGUGUUGAACGCCGAUAA